AUGUUCAUCAGUGCAACAGAUGUUGACUCAGGAAAUAAGAGUUGUCAUAAUAACUCACAAAAAUAUUGGACUGAAUAUGAAGACUUUCGCCCUCGUAUUCCUUUACCUGAGAGUUCUUGCCAAGGUGUUCCCAUAUUAACCUAUGAAUUUCCCCCUAAUAAACAAAUUGCCACAUUUGAGAUUCCCCAAGAGUAUUUCAACCAACAUAGAGAUGAAGCAAAUGAAUUUUAUAAGAACGAGACUCAGUUAGAUGUCUCUGAAAUUGAUCGUCAAAUUACAAGUGACUUAUUAAUCUACUGUUAUUACUGCAGAAAGGAUGUGGAUAUAGUGAGAUAUGACCCAAGAGAAUCCAUGGAGUAUAAAAGAUCCCUCUGCUUCAGAAUAUGCUUGAUACUAAUGAUAGUAUUUGAAGUACUAUUUUUUGUACUAUGAGUCUGAUUUUCAGCAGUUUAUCUUGGUUUAAAAGCGUCUGGUGAUACAGGACUUGAAAAUACCUAUUAUGCUUUAUGGAUAGCCUUCUUUAGCAGUCUUCUAGUCUUCUUUAUAUGAGGAGUUUUAUGGUUCUUCUGAAACCCUUGUUUUGGCUGUGGCCAAUUUGAGCAUUAUGAACGCCCCAGAGGUAGAAGGUAUCAAUGCUCUGAAUGCGAAUCUCUUAUGUUUAUUGCUUACGAAGAUAGAGUAAGCUGUCCUUUGUUCACUGGAGCUAUCAAAACUUAUAAAGCUAAGCAUCCUCGCUUUGAGCCUUAAUAAUUUAGUGAGGCUGGUU